AUGCCUUUCUCAAUCCGUGCUGAGACCUCUGUCUGCCUAACGGAUGGUUUUUUUUCUAUCGAACGUCAUCAAAUAGCAUGGGCAAGGAUCACAGUCCAACGAGCAGCUCCAAUGACAAGGAUUACUGCAAUAGUACUGUUCUGGGUACUUUGGGCAGGAAUGGUGGCUGGUGCUGUGCUUAUCAUUGUUCUGAAGAAUGGAGAUGUACCAAAAACAACCACUACUACUGCUGCACCAACAACCACUCAUAAAUAA